UGAGGGGAGGUAGAAGAGUUUGAGACAGGAUAAAAAUAAGUCUAAGAAGUACUUUGCUUUCCAAAUCCACCACCACUACCCGCACGAUGACUUGUGGCUACGGAAACUGCUGCAGCCCCUGUGGCUCCGGAGGGUGGGGCUAUGGAGGCUACGGCGGCAACUGCUGUGGUAACAGAUGUGGCAGUGGCUAUGGAGGCUAUGGAAGCUACGGAGGUUAUGGCGGCAACUGCUGCAGCAACAGAUGUGGCGGCUACGGAGGUUACGGAGGUUACGGAGGCUACGGAGGAUACGGCAGCAACUGCUGUGGUAACAGAUGUUGUGGUGGCUACGGAGGCUACGGAAGCUACGGAGGCUACGGAGGUUAUGGUGGCAACUGCUGCGGCAACAGAUGUGGCGGCUAUGGAGGCUACGGAGGUUAUGGCGGCUACGGUGGCAACUGCUGCAGCAGCAGAUGUUGUGGCGGCUGGGGAUGGUAAUUCUCCCUCACCUACACGAGAAGCAUCUGAGCAAAGGACUUGCCUCCAACACUAGCCCUACUCAGAGUAAACCCAAUGAAGUGAACAGACACAGCCAACUUAGGCUCAUUCAUGCCAGUGGGUCUACUAUGAGCAGGGCUUGGUUGGAUACAGCUCAAGGUUUUUCUCCAAGUUGAGUUUCCUGGAAGGUCCCUGAUUAGGGUCUUCGAGGGUCUCAGUCUCCAGCUCAGAUGCCUGCCUUUCCCCUGCUGUUCCUCACUGUUGCUUCCUCAUCACUCCACCCUGUAUGGUUUGGUCUUCUCCACAAGAGGACAUCCAUCCCCUUCCUCAUCCCCUUUGUACCUUCCUUCCUACCU